AUGUUUUUCCCCAUCUCAAAGACGCAAGUGAAGACGCUGCUACACCUCAUGGCAAUAGUCUCUCUUGCGCCAAGACACAUCCAUGCAAUAGCGCCUUCUGCAAUCGCCCUCAACAAACCAGCAGCUUCAGUGCAGGCGGCAAGUACUGACAACGGGGGCCUGGUGACCGAAGGUGUAGCCACGCUCGAUGGGUUGAACCUUGAUGCGAUAGCAGAGGGUCGGUCCGCAGAGUCCCUCAUUUCCACGUCCAUCCCAAAGACCAAUUGGGUCGCUACAGCCGAUAGUUAUCAGCCUGGUUUCCCUCCUUCCAACGUCCUGGACGGCAAUCUGAACACAUUUUGGCAUACGACUUAUACCGUUGGGCUACCGUCUUCAGCUAUGAGUGGAGCUUCCCUACCACACGCGCUGACCAUCGACAUGGGCCAGACUUAUCUAAUCAACAGCAUUGCGUAUAUACCACGCCAAGAUGGUCCAAGCAACGGCAAUAUCGGGGAGCACCAGAUAGUUCUGAGUGUAGACAAUGGCACUUGGACUCCAGUUGCGUUGGGCACAUAUCAGGACAGCAAUAGCACCAAAACGACAAUAUUCGAAGCCUCUUUUGCCCGAUAUGUCAGGAUCAUUGCCCUAACAGAGGCGGGAAGUCGAGGGCCUUGGACUAGUUGUGCAUCCUUCAAUAUCUUCGAGACCAGUACGCCUCCUCCAGCCUCAGGCGAAGGAGAGUGGAGUCCUACCACUUUCCCAUUGUCCCCGUCUCCGCAGCAAUUGACUAUAGUUCUGGAAACAUCCUUGUGUGGUCAUCUUGGGCUGCCAGUACCUUCGCUGGAAGCGCCGGCAAAAAUACGCUCACUGCCACGUACAAUAUGA